ACCAAAAUGUGUACAGCCCUACAUCUUAUGAGAAAUGGGUUUAUAAUCGCAAAAAUUUACGUAGUAUGUAUUUUGAAUCUAUAUUUAGUAUUUUUGAUGCUAAAACAAUUUUUUUUUAGUUUUUUUUUUUUUUACACAAUAAUUUGAGUGAUGAUGAAAAUGUCUUAAAAGUGAAAUUGAUUUUACCUUGUAGGCCUUUGAGAGAUCAUGGAAUGAAGCAUGCAAAUGGAAGGGCAAAGCGGUAAUUAAAAUCCCACGUGGGAAAUACUUGUUGAGAAAUCUAUUGUUUCAAGGCCCAUGCAUGGGCCCAAUAGAUUUCCACAAUGCAGGCUUUUUGAAGGCCCAUAAAGUUAAUAUUGGGCUGACCUAUUGGGUUGAAUUUAGAUAUGUAGAUAAAUUGGGUAUAACUGGUAGUGGGCAUUUUGAUGGGCAAGGCUCAGAUUCAUGGUUCAAGAUAAUGGAAGAUAACCCAUCGAUCAACAACCUUCCAACGGUAAAUUACUUAGGAAUUCGCGGAAAUAUUAUCGACUGUCUCAUUGUUGUGUUACAGUCAUUGAUGUUAACUUUCGUCAACAAUUCAAGGAUCAACAAUAUGAACUUCGUCGAUAGCAAAGGUAGCCACAUCAAACUAUUCGGGUGCAAAAAUGUUACGAUAACCCAAAUUCAUGUCUCAGCCCCACCUAAUAGCCCUAACACUGAUGGAAUCAACAUUGCCUUCUCAAGACAAAUCCAAGUAUCAGAUUCAAAGAUUUCUACUGGAGAUGAUUGCAUUUCACUCCUUCCUGGAGCUGAAGAUGUUAACAUCACAGGUACUCGAUGCGGGCCGGGCCACGGGAUUAGUAUCGGGAGCAUGGGUUUCGGGCCCAAUGAGCUUGCAGUGAAGGGAAUAAAUGUGAAAAAUUGCAACUUCACUGAUACCAUGAAUGGUGUUAGGAUUAAGACAUGGGCUACUAAGAAUGCUGGGAAAGUUGCUCAAGUUUCAUUUGAGAGUAUUUUUGUUAACAAUGCUAGUAAUCCCAUCAUUAUUGAUCAAAAUUAUUGUCCAUCACAUAAGUGUCCUAAGGUAAUUCCACAUCUCUUUAUUUUUAAUCGGAUUGUUCUGACUCUAUUAUUUGAGACGGGUUCUUACUUUAUUUCUUCAGGCGAAAGAAUAGGUAAUAUAUGGGAAUAUUUAGUAGAAUGUAUUCUAAUUCCUCAAAAAAAAAAAAAAUUAAAAAAAAAAGAAAGAAUGUAUUCUAAUUCACUUGUGUUUUCUUUAUUGAAGGGAGAUUCUCAUGUUCAAAUAAGCGAUGUGAAGUUUGUGAAUAUUAUGGGAGUUUCACAAACUUAUGUUGCAGUAAAUUUACAAUGCAGUAAAUAUAGACCAUGUGAAGUUGAGAUAGAGAAUAUAAAUUUGAGGUAUGGAAGUAACAAAGGACCAACUAUUUCAUCAUGUUACAAUGUCAAGGGCGUCGCUUCUGGAUUCCAAAAGCCACCAUCUUGCAUUUCUUAGCAUCUUUCGUAAUCUUAUGUACUCCGUAAUUUUUUAUGUGAUGAAACUAUACGAACUAUAUGUAUCGAUGUGAUCUAGGUGCUACAUCAUAAUACAAUAAGGUAUGAUAAUUAACUUAGUUUCGGAAGUAACUUUUGAGACUCAAAUUGGGCAACAAAUUUUUACAGCUUAACAAAAAAUGCACUCUUUUCAUUAACAUGGUGUUUCGGUUGAAAACAAUGGGACCUUGCCGAAGGUCCGUUGAAAUGG